GAGGGCUCUUGAGCGCGUAAACCGUAUCCCUUCAUUCAUCAGGCCGUUUCCUGAAGCCAUUUCUCGACGGGGGAAACGAGAGUUGCGCUACUUUUUAAUCCAUUGCAUCUGCCUAAAUGCACGUACACGAGGACAACUACUUUUCACAAAUCGAUGAUUCAGACUUUUAUCAUACCUUCGGUCUGAUUAUUUUUGUAACUAUUGCGCUGGAUUAGCAACCGGAGCGGCUUGGAAGUGUCGAGACAAGAAAAAGGGGCUACCCGAGACCAAGAUGAGAAGAGGGAUCUCCUCGGCCCCGGACAAAGUGAUUUUAGCGGGCGUUGGAGGCUCCCAUCUCGACAGUAACAUAAUUUUGACAGCGCUCUCGGAUCGUUUAAAUCCCGCUCAAGCCAACGCUACUUAUAUCCAAAUAAUAACGACCCCGCCGCCUUGCAACGUUACCCAGACCUCGAAUUUAUGUUUAUCCGAGCCAUCGAUAAACAACAUUUACACAACACCUCAGCCAGCUGCAGCAAAUGGAACAGGACAGCGACCCGCAUUGGGAAGACCGCCGGCCAAAAGGCGGUUAGCUCUCGACGAUUCGGACCACCAGUACCAGUCGGAACCAUCAAGGACCCCAAGAGGCAGAGGGAGUGCGACAUUCGCCAGUGGAGCCCAUUUAAAAACACCGAAAACGCCCAAAUCUCCACCAGAGAGGACGCGGUAUGAUACCUCCCUGGGCCUCUUAACGAAGAAGUUUGUGGACUUGCUCGCCCAGUCUGUUGAUGGAGUUUUGGACCUAAACCUUGCUGCAGAAACUUUACAGGUGCAGAAAAGGAGAUUGUAUGACAUCACUAAUGUACUAGAAGGCAUUCACCUCAUUAAGAAGAAAUCAAAGAACAACAUUCAAUGGAUGGGCUGUAGCCUGUUGGAGGUUGAGGGGUCACUGAACCAGAGACAAAGACUGACAGCAGAGGUUUCUGCGCUGGCGGAAGAAGAGCAGAGACUUGAGCAGCUCAUCCAAAGAUGCAGCCUGGAUGCGAAGCAUAUGAGCGAGUCGCCGAGCAACGAGAAAUUUGCAUAUGUCACAUAUGAAGACAUCAAUCACCUGGGAAACCUUCAUGAUCAGACUGUUAUUGUUGUCAAAGCGCCCACCGACACUAAGCUAGAAGUACCAGAUCCCGAUGAGAGUCUAUCCAUCCACCUGACCAGCACAAGAGGUCCUAUCGAGGUUCUGUUGUGUCCAGACGAGAAUGACCACGGUAGUCCGGUGAAAAAUGGCGGCAUGGACAUCAACGGGAACUCGCCUUUCCUCAAGAUUCUUCAAGAGCCCACCGUCCCGACCACGUCCCCUGGCACUUCCACCACCGUGUCUGUCACGGCUCUCUCGCCGAUCUCGUCCCCGUACACCAGUCUUCUCCAGCAAACGGAAGACCAGAUGCCCUCAUCGCUGGGGCCCUUCUUGAACCUGGGGCCCCCUCUUCUGGAGCAAGACGACUACCUUUUAGGAUUGGGAGAUGACCAGGGAAUCAGCGAUCUGUUUGACACCUGUGACUUUGAUAGGAUGCCACCGCUUGGUCUGGACGACCUCCUGUGCAGCUAGCGCUCGCCGAGCCGCAUCCUGAGCAGUGAGCUGAAAGACGCGGUGAGCUUGGAGGCCUGUGACUUUGUAGUUAGUUUAAGCCAAUCCUAAAUACAAGGAAGUUCAACAAAAAUAAAGGGCUGUUUUUCCCUCCAGUCCGCAGGGAGACUAAAUGCCAUGUUUACUCGUGGCGUCCCAAAAAGAGAUUCAGGUGAAGAUGUCACAUCUCAGGCUCUGGGAGGACUCCUGUGAAGUUUAAGGGAGAUACUAGUUACUUAAAACGCUUAAAAAAAAAAUAUAAGCCUUUAUUUAAAAAAAAAACAAAACAUGCAGUCAGUGUAGUCAGACCGACAUGAACAGAAGACACCACUUGGCGUGUGAAAGGAAGCUGGAAAGAGUUUUAUUCUACAAAAUGAAUGCACAUAUUAAGACCACUUUUAAAUGGGAAGUCAAAAGUGUUCUUAAUUGGUUCAGUGCACUCCCACUCAUUGAAACACAUUAUUCUGAUAUUGCAUUUGUGGAAUAUGAAUGAAGCAGAAAAAUGCGCCAAUUAUUAUCUGAAAAUGACAUCACAUUGCCUCAGGGCUCAGUUAAUGGCCGUCACGGCUUAUCUGUUCUCUGGGUUUGGUCAUGCAAUGUCCGCAAGCUGAUUCCUUAGGCACUGUGAUGUCAUUUUCAGUCGACAGCAAGUGGCCAUACAAGGCAAAAUGGCCGCUCCCUGAGAUGGAAGGGAAUUCGCUGCUCAAUUCAUAUUCCACAAGGGCAACAACCAAUCACAAUGCCGUGUUUAGUUUGGUGGGGCUGCAUUGAACAUACUGUAUUGUAAAUACAUUUUUUGGACUUGAGUUUCCCUUUCAGAUUUCAUGUCAAUUUGGAUAUUAAACAGGACUCUGAACUUUUGGAAGUCAAAGCGGUUCUUUGUACCAAAGUCAUUUGUAAGCCUUACAGUAAAUGUCAAAUUUAAUUUAGUGUCACCCUUUAUGCCAUUCUUUUAUUCUGAUAGACAAUUCUGGCCCUUGACGAUACAUUUGAAACCUCUACCGAUUCAGUGCCCUUUGGCUUUGUGUUCUUGUCAGAGUAGUAUCACACACCUCUGACCGGGACACAAAGUGAAUCACGGACCACCUCCACGUUACGUGACCCACUUGGUGUUUUCUGCAAAGCUGUAUAAGACAUGUCUAGGUGAGUAGUAUUUUUAGGUUGCGAUUACUUUUACUGGAUUUUAAAACCAUUAGAAUUAACCAGUAAUAUGUUGGUCUUAAAAAGAUAAGCAACCACAUUGAAUCAAACAAUUUCCUCGCCCGUAGUCUAGAUAUGUAAAAUUCAAUACCAUCCCUUAUUGACCGCCACUGCUCUUGCUCCCAGUGGCUCUUUCUAUUUGAUGACAUCUGAUGGUAAAACAAAAUUGUUUUGUCUGAAUCUGAAGCUCGGGAAACCCGCGGCUACAGGUCGUAUUGCUGCUGUUAGUAUGAACAUUUCGUCGACCUGCUAGUGUGUUUGUGCAAUUGUGUGUGUUUUGCGUCAGAAGAUCUUGCUUGCUCAAGAGUAAGCCUGCCAUGUGUAAAUGGAUGAAUAAGCGGUUUUCUAAAAAUGGUCCGUGCACAAGGUACCAUGGGCUACCUCUCGAUAAAUGUUUGACAAUACAGUAGUGAUUGGGCAUAAGAGUACAUGUCACCGUAGCUUAGUAUGUCAUUGAGGUAUAUUAGCAGUGAAGAGCUCGUUCACCCGUCUCACUUGUGUCCUAUCUUUAUAUAUCGAGUAGAGUACUUUGAUUGGUCAGGACACAUUUACUGCAGGAAUCCUUCCCGGUAGUUAUUUUGUUCUCUGUGUUUUGUUUAGCCCCCCCUCCCAAAUUAAGGUCAUUUAUUCACCCCAAUUUUUUUUAUUCAUUGAUUAACUCCCCCUCACUGUAAGCUCUUGAAAAUGGCCAUUACAAGACAUGACUGUCUCCACGGGACUGGGAUCAGUGACUUCUGUCCACUGCUCAAAUGUCUACCUUUGCUUCUGUGACACUGUGUGUCAGUUUUAAACUUUUUUGGACUCUCCUUUUUUUUGUUUGAUUUUAGUUUUUUUUUUUUUUUUAAGUUCAUUAAAUACCUGUUAAGUUGUGUCUCUAUUGAUAGUGCUUAUAAAAAAAAAAAAACUACAUAAGGCUUUUACCACAUUUAGUUCCUCAAGUCUUUGUGGGAAAGUACGGUGGAGUAUUUCGGCCAAACUGAAUACUUAUUUAUAAAAAAAAAAAAAAAAUACUAUGAGAAUGAAUUCACAGAAUUCCAAAAAU